CCAAGAUGUUACCUUUGCUCAGGAGUUCAUCAACAGAAAUGGCCUGAAACAGAUUUUCUCUAUUGUGGAAGAGGGGAAUGACACAGGGGAGAUACUAGCUCACACGCUAAAGGCCUUCAUGGAGCUGAUGGAGCAUGAUUUUGUUUCCUGGGAGACACUUAGUGCAGCCUUUAUCAAAAAGAUAGUGAGUUACGUCAAUAUGAAUGCGAUGGACGUCUCCGUCCAGCAGCUCUCCUUGUCAAUCUUGGAGAACAUGGUACCCAGCAGUCGCGUCCUCUUUGAGCUAGUCAGAAAAGAAGUGACUGUGGAUCGCCUUCUCACCCAUCUGCAGGUGACAAAUACUCAGUUGCAGCUGAAGGCAAUGGCCCUGCUCAUUGCACUGCUGCUGGCUGCUGCUGAUGCUGAGCGACGGGAUAUGAUGGACUACCUGAGGGAGAGGAACAUCAGACAGUUUAUCCACAAGAACAUAAUUCACAGCUCGGAGCCACUGGGGGAUGAGAUGGCCCAUUACCUGUAUGUGCUGCAGUCCAUCAGCCUCAACCUACAUGAGCGCCGCAUGAGGACUCCCAUGGAUCCCUAUUCACAGGAGCAGCGGGAGCUCCUCCAGUCACUGCGCCAAACCGCCUUUGAGUCAGAGAGCGAGACACCCGCCAGCAACUUCAGCACGGAGCGCCGGCGCUCCCUGUGUGCCAAGGAGUUCCGCAAACUGGGCUUUGUGAACAACAGCAACCCAGCACAGGACCUGUACCGUGCUCCCCCUGGCCUCCUUGCCCUUGACAACAUGGUGUAUUUCUCCAAGCAUACUCCCAAUGCCUACAGCAGGUUUGUCCUUGAGAACAGCAGUCGUGAAGACAAGCACGAGUGCCCGUUUGCUCGGAGCAGCAUCCAGCUCACACUGAUCCUCUGCGAGAUCCUGCACGUGGGAGAGCCGUGCUCAGAGACGGCUCAGGCCUUUUACCCUAUGUUCUUCGGGCAGGACCAUUUCUUUGAAGAGCUCUUCUGCAUCUGCAUCCAGCUGGUGAACAAGACCUGGAAGGAGAUGCGUGCUACCCAGGAGGACUUUGACAAGGUGUUGCAGGUGGUGCGGGAGCAGAUUACCAGGACCCUGUCUCUCAAGCCCACCUCCCUGGAGCUAUUCAAGACUAGAGUGAAUGUCCUGAACUACAGUGAGAUCCUCAAGCUGCGACAGACGGAGCGGCUGCAUCAGGAGGAGACACUGGCUGUUCCUGUGCUAGAGUUGCGUGAGAGGCUGAAGCCUGAGCUCCUGGAACUGAUACAACAGCAGCGUCUGCUGCGUCUCUGCGAGGGCACCCUCUUCCGCAAGAUCAGCAGCCGCCGCAGGCAGGAUAAGCUCUGGUAUUGCCGCCUGUCACCCAAUCACAAGGUGCUGCACUAUGGAGAUGUGGAGGAGGGGGUGCACUCUCCCCCCAUUGAGAGCCUGCCAGAAAAAAUUCCCGUGGCAGACAUGAAGGCACUGCUUGUUGGAAAGGAAUGUCCACACACCAAGGAGAAGAGCUCUGGGAAGCAGAACAAGGAUGUCCUAGAGCUUGCCUUCUCCAUUGUGUAUGAUGUAGAAGAAUACUGUCUGAACUUCAUUGCCCCCACACGGUAUGAGUUCUGCCUCUGGACAGAUGGGCUGAACAUGCUGCUGGGCAAGGAGAUGACGAGCGAGCGAACACAGACAGAUCUUGAUGUCCUGCUGUCAAUGGAACUAAAGCUGCGGCUCCUGGACCUGGAAAACAUCAGCAUCCCUGACACACCCCCUCCUGUCCCAAAACCCCCCAGCAACUUAAACUUCUGCUAUGACUUCAGCCAUGCAGAGCAGUGAGUUCCUGCUCCCUCCCUGUGUCCUACUCCGCUGCCCCUCCCUUUUCUCUAUAGGCUGCCCUAUUUGGUUCUGUGGCAGUCGAGCAGGAAUC